CAGGGAUGCCUAAAGGAGGUAGAAAGGGAGGCCACAAAGGCCGGGUCAGGCAGUAUACAAGCCCUGAGGAGAUCGAUGCCCAGCUACAGGCUGAGAAGCAGAAGGCCAGCGAAGAUGAACAAGAAGAAGGUGGAGAUGGUGCUUCGGGUGACCCAAAAAAAGAGAAGAAGUCUCUAGACUCAGACGAGAGUGAGGAUGAAGAUGAUGACUACCAGCAAAAGCGGAAAGGUGUGGAAGGGCUCAUUGACAUUGAGAACCCCAACCGGGUGGCACAGACAACCAAAAAGGUCACACAACUGGAUCUGGAUGGGCCAAAGGAACUUUCAAGGAGAGAAGGAGAAGAAAUUGAGAAGCAAAAAGCAAAAGAGCGCUACAUGAAGAUGCAUUUGGCUGGGAAGACAGAGCAGGCCAAGGCUGAUCUUGCCCGACUGGCAAUCAUCCGGAAACAACGGGAGGAGGCAGCAAGAAAGAAAGAAGAGGAAAGGAAAGCAAAAGAUGACGCAACCUUGUCAGGAAAACGAGUGCAGUCACUCUCCCUGAAUAAGUAAGCUGGCCUGUGGGAGGAGACGCCGAGGAACUGGGCCGUGCCUCCAGGACCUCUGCCGUGUCUCACCCACCCUGUGCCCUGGCGCCGCUGCAGCAGCCCCUCGUGGCCAGGAGCCCCUAUGGCCUGGGGCCUCCUCUUCAUCUUGGCACAGAAAUCAUUCAGGGGAUGUGGGGGGGGG